AUGUUCGAACCGCUACCGGUCGGUAAAGUGUUAACCCGAUUUCGAAAAGAGAAGAUCGGUGUUAUUGCUGACAUCCGAAAAGCCUUUCUACAAAUAGGUGUUUCACCCACGGAUAGAGAUUACUUGAGGUUUUUGUGGAUUGGUAAUGAUGGUCAGCUGAAAGAGUACAGACAUUGCCGUGUAGUUUUUGGUGUAUCGAGUAGCCUUUUUCUUCUAAAUUCUACUAUUCAGCUUCAUUUACAAACUGUUUUGGAAAAAAUAGGAACUGGAGAAUCUUCGUAUCCAAAAGAUGUCAUUCAAAAACUUGCGCAUAGUUUUUAUGUCGACAAUUGUGUUAGUUGCGUUAAAAAUGAAAAAGAACUACAUCGUUUUAUUAACGUUUCGGCUGAGGUAAUGGCCGAGAAAAAAUUCGAGCUUAGAGGGUGGGAGUUCAGUGAUGUUAAUGCUGAUACUUCUGCCGAUACAAAUGUGCUCGGCCUGGUAUGGAAUAAAAAAUCUGACACUCUACGAAUUAAUACUGCAAGUGUAAAAGAAUUAUGCUUUGAAGAGGUAACUAAGCGAUUAAUCUUAUCUACAGUUCAUAGACUGUUCGAUCCUCUUGGUAUAUGUUGUCCUGUCAUCCUAAUUCCUAAAUUAUUGCUUCAAGAAACGUGGAAGCAGAAAAUCACAUGGGAUGAAGAAGUUGAUAAAAUUACAAAAAAUACAUUUUUAAAAUGGCUAAAAGAUAUUGACUGUUUAGAGAAAAUCCGUUUUCCAAGAUAUUUUGGUUCAGAGAUUGCAAGUGGAGAUAUUUCAGUACAUAUUUUCUGUGAUGCUAGUAAGCAUGCUUAUGCUGUCGCUGCUUUCAUCCGAAUACAGACCUGUGAUUCAGUUAAGGUACAACUUAUACAAGCCAGUAGAGUUUCACCAACAGGAAAGGAAGGGAUUACUAUCUCUAGACUUGAGUUACUUGCACCUACUGUCUCAGCAAGACUUUCAGCUUCUAUUUUGUCAGAGAUACAGAGUGAAGAAGUUUACUUCUGGACUGAUUCUUCGACUGUCUUGACAUGGAUUAUGAGAGAAGAAGCCUGGAAUGUCUUUGUCCAGAAUAGAGUGAAGGAAAUUAGAGCGUUAACAAAUAAAAGUUCUUGGAGACAUAUCCCUGGUUCCAUGAAUCCUGCUGAUCUCCCGAGUAGAGGUUGUUCAGCUCAAACUUUAUUGAAAUCUAACUGGUGGUUAGGACCAAGUUGGCUUUACUUGCCUAAAGAGGAUUGGCCAAAAGGGAAUCUAAGCUUAAAUGAAAGCGAGAUUGUUCGGGAAAAGAAAAAGACCAUAGUUUCAUCUGUGACAAGAAACGAGAGAGAUAAUAAAUUAAAAACUUUAGGAGUAUUUAAGGAUCAGAGUGGAAUCCUCAGACUGAAAACGAAACUUACCUUUCGACAGGAUUCAGAAGAGUUUAAAACUCCAGCUAUUCUUCCGUCCGAUCAUGAGGUGGUCAAGAGAUUAAUACGAUAUUAUCAUCACGAGAAAAAUGCACAUGCUGGUACCCAAAUUUUAAUAAAUAUUCUUCGAGAGAGAUUUUGGCUUCUUAAUGCUCGAAAAACGGUGAGAUCUCUGAUUAAUAAGUGCACCAUAUGUAGAAGAUUUUCUGCAAAAAGCGUGCAAGUUUGCACAGCAAACCCUCCAAACGACAGACUCCGAGAAGCGGCUGUAUUUGAAAUUUGUGGCAUUCAUUUUGCUGGUCCAGUCAUCUUGAAAGGUAACACCAAAUCCUGGAUUUGCUUAUUCACCUGCGCCGUAUACAGAGCAGUGCAUCUAGAAUUGGUUGAGUCCAUGUCUACUGAGAGUUUUUUACUAGCCCUUAGAAGAUUUAUAUCCUGCAGAGGAAGAAGUAAAAUAAUUUACUGUGACAAUGGAACUAACUUUGUAGGAGCUUCAAAUGCGCUACGAGAUCUAAACUGGAAGCAGAUUAUUGAUGAUACAUCUAUAUCACCAAUUCAAUGGAAGUUUAAUCCACCAACUGCCUCAUGGUGGGGAGGUUGGUGGGAGAGAUUAAUAGGUAUUCUCAAGAGUUUACUGAGGCGAGUACUAGGAAGAGCUUCUUUAACUUCCGAAGAAAUGAUCACCAUUCUCUGCGACUGUGAAGCAGUGAUCAACUCCCGUCCAUUGACCUAUGUUACUGAAAAUGAUGUUACUUUGAUGCCUUUAAGUCCAUCUCUAUUUCUUCAAGACAUUCAAACAAGUGGUGUUCCUGAUCUUGAUGAUAUUGGACACAGAAGUCUGAAUAAACGAGUCAAAUACAGAGAAAACUUACAAAAGGAUCUACGAAAAAGAUUUAGAUCCGAAUAUCUAGGAGCACUUAUUCAAAAAUCGGAUAAGACAAGAUCAGUGAAAGUGAAUAUCGGUGAUGUUGUAUUGAUAGGAAGUGACAACACCAAGCGACUGAAUUGGCCACUGGGAAAAAUAAUAGAGAUUAUUCCAGGUCAAGAUGGAGUAACAAGACUUGUGAAACUUAAAACGGCAAAUGGAGAAUUACUAAGACCAACUCAGAGACUGUAUCCACUAGAAGUCUCUAAUGAUGAUCUUAUUGUUGAGAACUUUUCAACUAAGAAGUUGGAAACUUGUAAAGAGUCUGGCUCUAACAAUGUGUGUGAUGUAAGCUUUGAGCCACAGUUUCAAAAGACUAGAACAGGUCGUACGGUCAAAAUACCUAAAAGACUGGACUUGUGA